CAAGGCAAAGAUCGUCAUAUCAGGCCUGCAGUUUUGAUGAACUUUUGAUUUUAUUUUUUGUCAGAAGCAUGAAUAUUCUGCAGUAGUAGUUAGAUAAGAUCAACUAACUCUUGAAUCAUCACAUUGGCUACGACAUUGACAGAUACUAUUAUUUUAUAGGCCAAUGAGACAAACAUGUAAUUUUCCUUGGCCAGCUGAUGUGAGGAUCAGAGAUGAGACCAAGUCUUCACACGUUUUUUGCUCUGUCCUAUUCACGACAUGAGUCCAUAUUCUGUCAAUCCGGCCUUGAAUAUAAGUUACACAUACUGUCGUCUGCAUCAGUUGUUCAAACCAAGACGAUAAGAGAUGGACAUAGUUGAAGUACAAACAGACAUUCACCAUUUCAGCCACCAACACUCUCUCAAACUGAUUUCUUACCCAAAUUCAAACACGGAGAAAAUCUUGUGUUCUGCAUGUACCAAGGAAGCCAAGGGAUGGAGUUACACCUGCGAAACCUGCAAGUACUGCCUCCACAAAGCUUGCUCGAAACUGCCACAGAAACUGUAUCACGGAUGUGACAGAAAGCACGCGUUGGUUCUGCUUGCCUCGCCUGCCUAUGGAGAUGGAAAGUUCGUGUGCAACGCAUGUGGUGCCUCUGGUACUGCCUUCUGCUACCACUGUGCUCAGUGCCAGCUUGAUCUGCACCCCGUCUGCGCCUUUAUGGAUCCAUCCUUGCUGUCUAAGGCUCAUGACCACGCCCUCGAUCUCUGCUAUGAGCCUCCAUAUGAAAACAAACUUUUCUCAUGUGAUCUUUGUGAGAAGCCGGGUUCGGAUCAUUGGCUCUACCGUUGUGGAAAGUGUGAAUUUGAUGUUCAUUUGAAAUGUGCAAAAGCCACUCAAGAGCAUUCUUCUAUGUAGUAUGUAGAUUGAUCAUAGAACAAAAUAAGUUUGAAUUUCUGAUGUUCUCAUAUUUGUAAGCCUUCAUAACUUUUGAUGUUUUCAUGUAUCUGUAGAAAAAUUACUCUCUGAGUUUGUUAUUGCA